ACGCGCGGGGGCGCGCCUGCCCACCGCUCCCGGCAGGGUUUUUGGUAGCCAUGGGGGUUACGGGGGCGUUGACUCAUCCGGGCGGGGCACCGGGAGUUGCACAGGCCAGGACAAAUGCCGUGGCCUCUGUUGUGGGAGUUUCUGGAAGACUUCUAGGAAAAUGAGGGAAGAGCAGGAAAAGGCGACAUGGCUGCAGGGGCCAGGCCCAGGAGCCGCCCCUCCACAGCACUCAUUCUGCAGAAGGGAAACUUGAGGCCCCCCAGACGGCAGGGGUUGAUCCUGCAGAGACUGGCCCCGCUCUGCAAUGGCAGCAUGGUGUGGAGCAUCAACCUGACAGCUGGCGUGUACUGUGCAGCCCUGGAAUCCCUGAUCAACGUGUCAGGCUGCAGUGCCAUCGAGAAGACCCAGAGGAUGCUGAACGGAUUCUGCCCGCACAAGGUCUCAGCUGGGCAGUUUUCCAUCUUGCGUGUCCGAGACACCAAAAUCGAGGUGGCCCAGUUUGUAAAGGACCUGCUCUUACAUUUAAAGAAACUUUUUCGCGAGGGACAGUUCAACUGAAACAUCGAAAGCAUCAUUAUUUGCAGAGACAGGACCUGACUAUUGAAGUUGCAGAUUCAUUUUUCUUUCUGUUGUCAAAAAUGUCUUGGGGAGGUGGGGAAGAGGGUUAGGGAGGGGGUAAAAUUCCUUAGCUUAGACCUCAGCCUGUGCUGCCUGUCUUCAGCCUAGCCGACCCCAGCCUUCCCCUUGCCCAGGGCUCAGCCUAGUGGGCCUCUUCUGUCCAGGGCCCUGAGCUCGGUGGAUCCGGGGAUGACGUGUCCCUACACCCCUCCCCUGCCCUAGAGCACACUGUAGCAUUACAGUGGGUGCCCCUCUUGCCAGACAUGUGGUGGGAGAGGUCCCCACUUCACACACAGGCAACUGAGGCAGAGAGCAGCUCAGGCACAUUUCUUCUUGGCCUUAUUUAUUAUUGUGUGUUAUUUAAAUGAGUGUGUUUGUCAGCGUUGGGGACUGGGGAAGACUGUGGCUGCUGGCACUUGGAGCCAAGGGUUCAGAGACUCAGGGCCCCAGCACUAAAGCAGUGGACACCAGGAGUCCCUGGUAAUAAGUACUGUGUACAGAAUUCUGCUACCUCACUGGGGUCCUGGGGCCUCGAAGCCUCAUUCAAGGCAGGGUCAGGAGAGGAGCAGAACAGCUGCUCCUGUCUGCCAGCCAGCAGCCAGCUCUCAGCCAACGAGUAAUUUAUUGUUUUUCCUUGUAUUUAAAUAUUAAAUAUGUUAGCAAAGAGUUAAUAAUAUAUAGAAGGGUGCCUUGAACACUGGGGGAGGGGACAUUGAGCAAGUUGUUUCAUUGACUGUCAAACUGAAGCCAGAAAUAAAGUUGGUGACAAAUA